AAUAACUAGAUUUCAAGCAUUAAAUCAAUAUGAAAUUCGCCGUAGUUCUUAUUGCUGCCUUGGCUUUGGUAGCCCCUGCUUUUGGCAGAACCAUGGAUCGUUGCUCCUUGGCUAAGGAAAUGUAUGCUUUAGGUGUACCAAAAUCCGAUUUGUCAAAAUGGACUUGCAUUGCUGAACAUGAGAGCUCAUACCGUACCGGUGUUGUUGGCCCAACUAACUCAAACGGUUCCAACGAUUAUGGUAUCUUCCAAAUCAACAACUACUACUGGUGCCAACCUGCCAAUGGCCGUUUCUCUUACAACGAAUGCAAAUUGAGCUGCAACAAUUUAUUGACUGAUGAUAUUAAGGAUUCCGUCACCUGUGCCCGUAAAAUCCAAGGACAACAAGGCUGGACUGCCUGGUCAACCUGGAAAUACUGCAGUGGUAGUCUUCCAUCAAUUGACUCAUGCUUCUAAGUUAUUUUGAACUCAAUACCGAUUUGAUAUUUUAACCAUAGUUACUGAAUAAAGUUUCAUUGUUUUUAUAGGAAAAUGUA